AUGACGAUUAACACUUUUGAAGAUAAAUUCAUUAUUCAGCAAAAAUCUACAUAUGUAGAUAAAGAUCAUUUGGCUUUAUUAACAAAGAAAGCGGAGGAACAGAGUGAAAAAAUUGCCUACAAGCUAGCAUCAUUGAACAUUACUGUAGACAAAAAGCAAAUGCUACUAGGAUUCAGCAGUAAGCAUUUAUCAACAUAUAACAAUAAAUUAGAUAAGAGUAAAUCGAAUCUAAAGGAAUUUAUUGAUACUGAUGAAGAGAGUUCACAAAAUCAGAAGAUAUUAAAUGAAGAUAAUAUAUUGGAGGUGCUUCAAAAGGAUAAGCAAGCAUUACCAAGAGCAAAGCAAGCUUAUUCUACAAUUCUUGAAAAAUUUUUGAAUGCUAAUAUUACAAAUAUUUAA